GCGCGGAGAGCGAAGCAGAUUAUAAUCAAAUCUUGAGCUGUGCUAGCGGUUGGUUGUGUUAUUUGUUGCUAGUCUGAUAAAGUACGAGUGUUCGAGUGAUAAUCGGAGCGAAAGCAAGGACAGUCACCGAAAAGUGGAAAGGCGGAGUGUGAAAAUGCCGAAAGCGAAACACACAAAGGUGUUUGCAUUUCAGCACCGAACAUCAAACAACAACAUGUCCACAGAGGAGGUCACCGUGGAGACAGCGGCAGCAGACAUGUUGACACCACACGAACAUGUCAAACAGAAGAAGCAUACAGAAAUCCGUGGUUUCUUUAAGAGGACCUGGAAGGCUGUAAAGCGUCCGUUCCCCCACAUCCACACGACCCAAGUGGAGCCCAUAGUGCCUCCACUGCUGCUGGAUGCAUAUCCAUCAGAAUCAGACAUGAUGUCAGCGGCAUCUACGUCCGGCCUUCAGCGAAAAGUUGAAGAUGACAUUGAAGUGGUCAGCGUUAGCGGCGAGUCUUUGCAGUCAGCUGACCUCUCAGCAGAAGCCACAGAGAGUGUGAGCGUGAAUCGCACUGUGGAAAACAAUACAGAAGGUGUGGAAAACAACACAGAAGAACAACAUGUUAAAAAGAAGAAGCGCACAGCAAUCAGUUGUUUCUUCAGAAGAACAUGGAAGGCUGUAAAGCGUCCGUUCCGCCAAAGCCGUGAGACUCGAGUGGAGCCGAUCGUGCGUCCACUGCUGCCGGACGCAUGUCCAUCAGAUUCGGCUGAAAACAACACACAGGAAAAACAUGGCAAAGGGACCAAGAAGAAAAGAAUCUUUGAUUGCUUUAAGAAAAGGCGGAAGGCUGGAAAGCGUCCAGACAUCCAGGAACACGACAACCGAGUGGAGCCGAUCGUGCCUCUACCUGUGCUGGAAAUACGGCCAGAAUUCGAGCCGAGUCAUGGUUUAGAGUCAUACUGCAAAGAGGGACGUUAUUUGGGAUACAUAGGCUUUGGAAGGUUUUAUGAGGAAAUUCGUAAAUCCGAUGGCAAAAAGGUCUAUGUCAAGAUGAUAACCAAGCAUGAAUACCAGCUUCAGCUUUAUCUUCCCGGCCAUUCCAGACCUUUACUUAGAGAAGUGGCACUGUUGCUUCAGAUGCAACAACAACCCGUAAGUUCCUACGUGUUACCGAUGCUGGAGUGGUUUGAUGAACCGACCUACACAGCCAUCGUUUUGGAGCACCCGGAUCCCUGCGAGACACUGGCAACAUUCAUAGAGGAUCAUGGAACGUUGAAGGAGAAAACAGCACGCACCUUAAUGCGUCAAGCCGUAUUAGCAGUGCAACACUGCAUUGACCACGGCGUCUAUCACACCAGCGUUUGUUCGAGAAGAAUGCUGGUUAACAGGAACACCCUAGAGCUGAAGCUGUUUGACUUCGGCUGGGGUCAGAGGUUAAGUGAUGCACCAGACAUUCGUCCACCCGUGGUGAUAAAGGAGCGCAUGUUUAUCACCGUUGGCAACCUGGGUGUGAUCCUGCAUGAAAUGAUUUUGGGGUGUUUGCCUGGUGGGAACCCAAAAGAACAAUGCCCCCUAUCCGGAGCAUGUGUUCAUCUCCUAACAAAGGUUCAAGAGAUAGAUGACCGCCUCACACUCGAGCAGAUGAUAAACCACAGCUGGUUUACUAUGGAUUGAAGGUACAGUAUCAGGGCUGUCAGUUUAGCAUCGCUAUCAGCGGUGAGGCCCAUGUCCACCAAAGCAUUUUUCCUGCCACCUGCGUAUUUUUUUAGUUGCUUUAAUGGUAGCAAUACUUGUUUUUCCACGCUCGGCGCCCCCGUUCUGUUUUUUCCCACGCUGUAGUAAUUAGAAAUUAUAAUUAGUACUGUAUGUCCCAAAUCAUAGUAUAAAUUGAGUAUUGUCAAAGUACUCAGAUUAUCUACUGUUUCCGGUGAAAAUUCAAUGUGUAGAUCCGUAAACACUUAAUUGGCUGACAUUACUAGGGUUGCCACCCAUCAUCUAAAAUACGCAAUCGUCCCGUAUUUGAGAAUGAAGUGACAUGAAGGGGUUUUUAAUCAAUACGGGACGGAGUUUGUCCCGUAUUUCCGAGUUGUCAUCAACGUCCCAUGCAAAUCAUCCUACCUGCAUUUUGUGAACAAAACUUGUCCUGUUCUACCCCUGAUUGGGUAAUACGCGCCUCCAUCAUGGGUUUGCUUAAUACUGUCAGGUUCCGGUCCAAUCAGAGAUAGAGGUAGGUGGGUCUCUUGGCAGAGACUCGAUUUAAGUGGAGGCAGCUCCAGAAUCAGAUACCCCCACGUUUGUGGUGUUUAGUCAGUCCCUAAACUCACAGAACAGUUCCAUGAGCAGAAACAUAUGGCAAGCCGAAUUAGCUUUUAAUCAUUCUCAGGAUAUGCAUUUUUGAUAUCAACAAUUCAAUUUUUACUAGUAAAAAUUAUAAUUCUUGAUAUCAAAAAUUUAAUUUCAACUAGUAAAAAACGUAAAUUUUGAUAUCUGUAAUUGCAUUUUUACUAGUUAGAUGGUACAAUAGGAAAUGGCAAGCCGAAUUAGCUUUUAAUCAUUCUCAGGAUAUGAAUUUUUGAUAUCAACAAUUCAAUUUUUACUAGUAAAAAUUAUAAUUCUUGAUAUCAAGAAUAGAAUUUCUACUAGUAACAAUUGCUAUUUUUGAUAUCAGUAAUUACAUUUUCAUUAGUAAAAAUGUGAAUUACAAUGACGUCAUCACUCAUUGUAUGUGUACACUCAGAAAUGUGUAUUCUUGAUAUCAAAAAUUGAAUUUCAACUAGUAACAAACGUAAUUCUUGAUAUCUGUAAUUGCAUUUUUACUAGUUAAAUAUCACAAUAGGCUGCCAUUCAAAUUCAAUUUCAGAUAUCAAUAAUUCAUUUCUUACACGUUAAAAAUCUUAUUUCAGAUAUCAGAAAUGCAAUUCUUACUAGUAAAAAACAUAAUUUUUGAUAUCAAAAUGUAACUUGUUACUAGUAAAAAUGCCAAUUUUGAUAUCAAGAAUUCAAUUUUUACUAGUUGAAAUGCUUAUUCUUGAUAUCUGUAAAUGAAUUUUAACAUGUUGCAUUUGGUAUUUCUGAUAUCAGGAAAUAUAUUUCAGAUAUCAAUAAAUCUGAGAGUAAUUGUAGAUAUCUAAAAUGGCUUUCUUACUAGUAACAAUCACAUUGUUGAUAUCAAGAAUUAACAUUGUCACUAGUCAAAAUGUAAUUAUUGAUAUCAGAAAUUGGCAUUUUUACAUGUAGUAAUUCAAUUGUUGAUAUCAAGAAUAGACAUUGCCACUAGUAACCACACAAUUGUUGAUAUCAAAAAUUAUGUUUUUUACUAGUAAGAAUUGCAUUUCUGAUAUCUGAAAUAAGAUUUUUAACAUGUAAGAAAUGAAUUAUUGAUAUCUGAAAUUGAAUUUGAAUGGCAGCCUAUUGUGAUAUUUAACUAGUAAAAAUGCAAUUACAGAUAUCAAGAAUGACGUUUUUUACUAGUUGAAAUUCAAUUUUUGAUAUCAUGAAUGUACAUUUCUGCGAGUGAUGACGUCAUUGUUGAUAUCAAGAAUUCACAUUUUUACUAGUGAAAAUGUAAUUACUGAUAUCAAAAACAGCAAUUGUUACUAGUAAAAAUUGAAUUGUUGAUAUCAAGAAUUAUAAUUUUUACUAGUAAAAAUUGAAUUGUUGAUAUCAAAAAUUCAUAUCCUGAGAAUGAUUAAAAGCUAAUUCGGCUUGCCAUAAUUACUGAUAUCAAAAAUAGCAAUUGUUACUAGUAGAAAUUCUAUUCUUGAUAUCAAGAAUUAUAAUUUUUACUAGUAAAAAUUUAAUUGUUGAUAUCAAAAAUGCAUAUCCUGAGAAUGAUUAAAAGCUAAUUCGGCUUGCCAUAUAGAUUGCGUGAUUGUUGAUAUCAAGAAUUCACAUUUUUACUAGUGAAAAUGUAAUUACUGAUAUCAAAAAUAGCAAUUGUUACUAGUAGAAAAUCUAUUCUUGAUAUCAAGAAUUAUAAUUUUUACUAGUAAAAACUGAAUUGUUGAUAUCAAAAAUGAGUAUCCUGAGAAUGAUUAAAAGCUAUCAAUAGAUUUCUCAUUUGAUUGGUCACUUUUAACAUGCAGUCACCUACAGUCUAUGACCUGUCUUACCUAAUGAAUAGUGUAUUACCUUGCCUUAGCUCUGUGUUAGUAUUUUAACAAGUGACAUUUUGAUUUCUUACAUACAGUAUGUCAACAAAAUUCAUGCUAU